GGAGAAGUCUGCAACGUGAUCAACAAGAAGUACAACGAGUUCCUGCCCAGCCUGCAGAGCGCCGAGGACCUGGUGGCGCAGGUGGAGGGGCUGGCCGGCAGCAUCGACCUGCUGAAAGCGGGAAUUGAGAACGAGGUUCAGCGAGAUCUAAAUGUUGCUGUUGCUGAAUUUACUGAACUGAAGCAGCAGUUGGAACGAGACACACUGGUUCUAAGUGUUCUGAAAAAGCUACAAGAGUUUGAUGCAGCUAUUAAGGACUACAAUACUGCAUUGCUGGAGAAGAACUAUGUUGCAGCAGCUCAACAACUGGAAAAGGCGAGGAGCAGCCUGAAAAUGCUGCAAUGCCGCAAGGGCUUUGAGCUGAAGAUCCUGAAAGCACUAGGCACAGAGCUCACAGUGCAGACACAGAACAUGCUCUAUCAUCUAGGAGAAGAAUGGCAGAAAUUGGUUGUAUGGAAGCUUCCUCCUUCAAAAGAAAGCAGCAGCCUGGAAUCAGUGAUGCAUUCAGAACUGCACUUACGCACAGUGCCAUCAAAAGAGGAGAUUGCUGGCCCACCUGUUGCUUCUGUGCUGCAGGCGUUUGCUGUCCUAGGAGAACUGCACACCAAGCUUAAAAUUUUUGGCCAGUUGUUGCUGAAAUACAUCCUCAAGCCACUGAUUUUAUACCCGUCUCUUCAGCCACUCACAGAGGAACAGUCAGAUGUGUUCAUUCUGCGUUUUAAGUCCGAGGAGCCUAACUUGGAUCAUUCCUCUCCUAUGGAGGUUUUUGACAAGAUCAAGCUUGUUUUUGCAGUACUCCACAAGUAUCUGCUGAAUGUGCCUCUUGAGCAGCCUGCAGAAGAUAAAAAGGAUUGCAGCGUUACACUCGCAGAGCUGCUAGGUGAUACGAUAUGGGAAGAGUUAUCGGACUGCCUCAUUCAGAACUGUCUGGUGAAUUCCAUCCCAACCAAUAGCAGCAAACUAGAGCAGUAUAUAGAGGUGAUUAAAUCCACAGAGGAAUUUGAAAGCGCCUUAAAGAACAUGCAGUUUUUGAAAGGAGACGCGACUGAUUUACUGAAAUACGCCCGUAAUGUCAAUUCCCACUUUGCUAACAAGAAGUGCCAGGAUGUGAUUGUGGCAGCCAGAAACCUGAUGACCUCAGAAAUACACAAUACUGUGAAGAUCACACCUGAGUCCUGUGUAGCCCUACCAAGGCUUCCUGACCCUGGGGCAGGAGAUCACUUAGAAACAAAGAAAACUUCUAAACUUCCACAUAACGACAUGAUGAAUUUGGAGAAUAAGACUAAACUGAGCCAGUACACAUUUUCUCUGCCCACGUGCCGCAUCAGUUCAUCAGUGGAGAAGCUGAUGGAGCUGGCUUACCAGACGCUGUUGGAGGCUACAGCCAGCACAGAUCAGUGCUGUAUACAGCUCUUCUACUCUGUACGGAAUAUAUUCCAGCUGUUCUACGAUGUAGUGCCAACAUACCACAAGGAGAACCUUCAGAAAUUGCCCCAGCUGGCAGCCAUUCACCACAACAACUGCAUGUAUAUUGCUCACCACUUGCUCACCCUGGGACACCAGUUCCGAUACCGCCUGACUAACAUCCUGUGCGAUGGAGCAGCGACUUUUGUAGAUCUGGUACCUGGUUUUAGGAGACUUGGGAUGGAGUGUUUUCUGGCCCAGAUGCGAGUGCAGAAAGGAGAAAUACUGGAGAGGCUCUCAAGUGCCAGGAAUUUUUCUAAUAUGGAUGAUGAGGAAAAUUACUGUGCAGCAAACAAAGCAAUAAGGCAGGUAUUGCAUCAGUUGAAGAGACUGGGAAAAGUCUGGCAAGACGUCCUUCCAGUGAACGUGUACUGCAAGGCCAUGGGGACUUUACUGAACACAGCUCUCACAGAGAUUGUCACGAGGAUUGCUGCCCUAGAGGAUAUCUCUGCAGAAGAUGCAGAUAGGCUGUACUCCCUCUGUAGGACCAUGGUGGAGGAAGGACCCAAAGUUUUCACCCCCCUACCUGAAGAUGAAAAAAAUAAGAAAUACCAAGAAGAAGUUCCGGUCUACGUGCAGAAAUGGAUGACGUUCAAAGAGUUAAUGAUCAUCUUGCAAGCCAACCUCCAAGAAAUAGUAGAUCAGUGGGCGGAUGGGAAGGGGCCUCUUGCAGCUGAAUUCUCCGCAGCUGAAGUGAAGAGCCUGAUCCGAGCCUUGUUCCAGAACACAGAAAGGAGAGCAGCAGCACUGGCCAAAAUUAAGUAA